AUGCCUCACUCAUGGCUCUAUAAGCUGAAAGGCAUGAGCAGAAGCAGCAGAAAACACCAUCCUUCUUCUCCCAAACACCUCUCUUCCUCUGAUGCUUCUUCCUCAAGAAAGCUCCGUGACACUCUUCGUCUUUCUUCACCUGCUCAUCAUCCUCAAGCCUCUUCUUCACCGCCGAAAUCUCCUUUCAAGAGAAAAACCAAACGUAAAACCGUUUACAAGCCUUCCUCUAGGCUCAAGCUCUCUUCCUCCUCUCUCAACUCUCAUGUUUCUCUCACCACUUCUCGGAAUCAUCGCUCUAAAUCAUCAUCCUCUGCAAAUACAAUCAUUCUGGAGCCUUCCCUCAACUCUCAGGACAAGAAGGACCACUCUGUGAGGAAGCUCGAUGAUGUUUCUGAAGAUCUUUCAACAAUAUCAGAAAACUCGAGUCCUGUUCUGGUUGAGAAUGUAAAGGAGCCACCUUUUGAGAUCAGGACACAACAGAAACUGAAGAAGCCGAAAGCUGGUUCUUCAGGGAUAAGGAUUCGGACGAAUUCUCCGAAGAUCGCUAGAAAAAAGACAAAGGGAAGAAAGAAUAUGGGAGCUGCAGAGAGUUUCGCGAUAGUUUUGACUUCGGUGGAUCCUGAAAGAGAUUUCAGAGAAUCAAUGGUUGAGAUGAUCGUGGAGAAUAAGAUAAAGGAACAGAAAGACCUGGAAGAUCUUCUGGCAUGUUAUCUUUCGCUGAACUCGUGUGAGUAUCAUGACAUUAUCAUCAAGGCUUUCGAGAAAACAUGGUUUCAUUUGACUCACUUCACCUGA